AUUUCAUCAAUUCAGAUCAUCUGUUCUCAAUCCUUUCACCAACCAUCCUAGGGCCAAGGUCAUCGUUCAAUAUAUUAUAACGCCCAACAUGCAAGAAUACUCGGUCAUUGGUAGGCACUUGCCCACAGAAAAGGAGCCAGCUCCAAAACUCUACCGCAUGAGAAUCUUUGCCAAGAACGAAACAAUCGCAAAGUCUCGUUUCUGGUACUUCGUUCGUCAAUUGAGAAAGAUGAAGAAGGCAACUGGUGAAAUCGUUUCAGUAAACGUUAUCAGCGAAAAGAAGCCCCUCAAGGUCAAGAACUUCGGUAUCUGGAUCCGUUACAACUCUCGUUCAGGAACCCACAACAUGUACAAGGAAUACCGUGAUUUGACCCGUGCUGAUGCCGUCAAGACCAUGUACCAAGAUUUGGCAGCAAGACACCGUGCUCGUUUCGCCUCCAUCCACAUCUUGAAGGUUGCUGAAAUCGAAAAGACUGCCGACAUCCGUCGUCCUUACAUCAAGCAACUCAUUGCACCCAAAUUGCGCUUCCCUCUUCCUCACCGUCGCCCACAAUCUUUGGGUGUUUACGCAGCCAACCGUCCUUCGACAUUCUACUAAUUUGGCUUUGAGGUUGAUAUCAUUUACACAUUCACACACCAAAACCUACAUAUUACCAUUAUGUAGAUCGGUAAGCUUUGUUGGUUGAGUCAUUCUUCCAUCGUCGCUUAUUGUAUCUCUAUUGUACGCUUAUACGCACUCUUACACACAUUCAAAACGAUGGCUACUUGCACGAUCA